UCAUAGUGCUUCUAUUUGAAAUGGCAGAAGCCGCUCCAGCUAAGUCCCCGAAGAUAAAGACCAGUUCGAAGCCAAAGAAGGCCAGCCCUAGCGUGUCUGAUUUGAUCGUGAAGGCUGUGUCGGCUUCAAAGGAACGCCAGGGAUUGUCUUUAGCCGGGCUCAAGAAGGCUCUCGUCGCUGGCGGCUACGAUGUGGAGAAAAACAACGCCCGCGUAAAAUCGGCUGUGAAAAGCCUAGUUAGUAAAGGAGCUCUGGUGCAGACCAAAGGUACCGGCGCCUCCGGUUCCUUUAAGAUCAAUAAGAAGCAGGCAGAGGCAAAGGAGAAAGCAGGUAAGGAAAAGGCAGCCCCGAAGAAGCCAGUGGCCAAGAAGCCGACCGCAGCCACCAAAAAAGUAAAGCCUGCAGCGAAGAAACCUACAGCAGCCAAAAAGACUGCAAAGAAGCCCGCUGCAGCCAAGAAAGCCACCAAGAGUCCCAAGAAAGUGAAGCCGGCUGCAAAGCCCAAAAAGGCGACUAAGAGUCCAAAGAAAGCCAAAGCUUCCAAGCCUAAGGUGGCGAAAUCCAAGACUGCAAAGAAGGCCGCGCCGAAAAAGAAGUGA